UUUAAAUCCCCUCGCGGAACCGCGCAGAGGCCCACGGUGGCCCACGAGAGAGGGCGCUCGUUCUGCCUGGCUUCGCUUCGCUUCCCAGGCCGCGGCUUCAGCGCUGAUGAUUGGUCCCGGCUUCGGGGCUGUUCUCCGUCCGACUCGUCGGGAGAGCUUUCCAAUUCCCCACCCCCCUCGGUCUGGCUAGAGGAUUUAAACGGAGGCCCAGCUGCUCCCGUCCUUCCCCAUGGCUGGGGGAGGCGAGCCAAGAGCGCGGCGGUCGCAGGUGCGCCACGCUCCAGCUGCCGAGGGCGGAAGAAAACUCUGCUGUGCAUUUGCGCUGUAGGACCUUUCUGAAAGGAUUUUCCUGAUUGGAUAUACCUGCAUGGAGAAAAAAAUGGGUGAAGCUGUUGCCAGAGUAGCUAAGAAGGUGAAUGAAACAGUUGAAAAUCAAGCAGAUUCUCUUGAUUUGGCAGACUGCAAAUUGAUGACAUUUCCCAUCGCUCUUUAUAAAGUCAUGAGGCAUGUGGCUGAAGGCAUACAUCUCAUCACGUUGGCCAACAAUGAGCUGAAGUCUGUAACCGGCAAAUUCAUUAUCACUUUUAGCCAGCUGAGAGAACUUAAUCUGGAAGGGAAUUAUAUUCAUCACUUGCCAGAAGAGGUCCGAACCCUGUUACAUCUGAGAAUUAUCAACCUGUCCAGGAACAAAUUUCACAUUUUUCCUGACCAGCUGACUUCUUUGCAGGCUCUUGAAAUGAUCAACCUUGAAGAGAAUGAGAUUACAGGUGAACUCAACAGAAGUGCUGUAAUGACAGCUGCAGAGAAUACCAAAUGCAUAGGUAAGAUAUGUCAAUGAGAUGUUUCAGCUUUG